AUGAAUUUCUUAUUUUGGAACUGUCGUGGGCUUGGGAACCUGCGUACAGGGAAGGAGCUGGAAGUAGUGGUUCGAGCAAAAGAUCCCUCCGCCGUGUUCUUGGCCGAAACUUGGGCGGAUGAAGCAAGGCUAAAGGAAAUAAAACGCAACUUGGAGUUUGAAAAUUUGUUCUUCGUAGAGAGAAAUAACAGAGGGGGAGGCCUAGCAUUAUACUGGAGAAAUUCAAUUGAUCUGAACAUAGAAACAUUCUCUAAAUACCACAUUGAUGCAAUAAUAAAUAAAGGGAAGGCAGAUGCAUGGAGGAUGACUGGCUUCUAUGGGGAGCCAAUGACACAUAAGAGAACUGAAGCAUGGAGUAUGCUUCGCCAAUUGAGCAACAGAGUCAACUUGCCAUGGCUGUGCGCAGGAGAUUUCAACGAACUAUUGCAAAGCUCUGAGAAAUUAGGGGGCAACAAUAGAAGCCAAAAUCAAAUGCAACUCUUCCGGGAUAUAGUUGAUGAAUGCGGUUUCGUUGAUCUUGGAUAUGUUGGACCACAAUACACUUGGCAAAAACACUUUACAGAUGGACACUCGAUAUGGGAGAGGCUGGAUCGUGGUUUUGCUAACAAUGAAUGGCUGUUGAAUUUUGCAGGUACCAAAGUCCACCAUCUAUCCUCCGAUACAUCUGAUCAUAGACCUCUGUGGAUCGUACUAGAGGGUUUGGAGUUUCAUCCUACAGCCAAACCUUUCCGGUUCGAAGAAAUGUGGUUGUCUGACCCGGGGUGUGCUGAAAUUGUAGAAGCAGUAUGGUCCAAUACACACAAUUAUGACCCAGUUGUGGAGGUGAUGUGA